GCGCGAAACCCAACUGAUAUGACAUAAUCUCUAGCGCAAUUUCCAACCUCACAAUCUGAAUGAACAAUCUUCUUGGCCUAUGUCCGGCCUGUUGCUAGACGAGGCCUCGAACGAAUGCCGGGAAUCAACCCGCAGAGACGCCGUACGAGGAUCGUGUGUAUCAGCGACACGCACAAUCAGACACCGCAGUUGCCGAAAGGUGAUGUGCUUGUCCACGCUGGAGAUCUCACAAACCAGGGUAGUUUUUCAGAGCUCAAAAAGACAGUUGCGUGGUUGGAAAAGGCUGACUUCGAGAUCAAGAUCGUUGUUGGAGGCAAGUAACUUCUCACAAGAACAAAAUAUAAUAAAAAAAAAAAUUAAACACAGAUCUGAGGUGCGGCAUUUAGGCAAUCACGACAUCACUUUGGAUACCGAGUUCUACGGGGCCAACUGGACGUACUUCCACAAUCAACGAAAACAGGAUGAAGAAGAUUGCAGGGCGCUUUUGCAAGACUCGCCAUCGAUCACAUAUCUGCGACAUGAGCCUGUCCACAUCAAGUUGACGGCGUCGACCGGACCGCAGACGCACUUCAAGGUCUUUGGCUCCCCUUACUCUCCGGCCCACGGGCUUUGGGCAUUCGGCUACACGGACGCGCAGGCCGCUCAACUGUGGGAUCAAGUACCUGUCGACACCGACGUGCUCGUCACGCACACGCCGCCCAAGGGGCAUUGUGACAGAACGGUGACCAAGAGCGGUCGAGCGGGGUGCGAGCACCUGCUGCGCAGGCUGUGGCGGGUGCGGCCUCCGUUGCACGUCUGCGGCCAUCUUCACGAGGGCAGAGGGGCGGAGAUCAUCACCUGGAACGACGGGUCCGACUCUCCACGUCCGGAAAGCCACGUCCUGUGCUGGAAAGAUCCCGGCGCCGGCGAGGGCAACAAGAAGCAGAGCAUCCUCUCUCUGACGCCGCGUGACGGGCGCUCAGGAUCGCAGCACGGCUCCCCCCUCUCCGCCGUCGCGGCUUCCACGUCCAAAUGGCACGAGCGCCCAGCGCGCGCAAGCACGACGGCGGGUAACGACGUCGCCGCACCGGCUGCUGACGACCCCGAUCCGGAGACGGCUGAGGAGACCGGCCCCGUGCACGGCGAAGACUCUGCACGUGGCCGGAGCAGGACCACAACGUGCGUGGUCAACGCGGCGAUCAUGAAGAACUCAUUUGGCGGGCCGAAACAAUUGAACAAACCGAUCGUAGUUGACAUUGAUUUCCCCGUCUUGUCCGACGGUUGAAAACGAACCAGUGGACCGCUACUGGUAGACGCUUGACGCGUUUCGAGG